CGUUGAAAAAGUAGAACUAACACCUACUCACUAGGGAUCUAGCUAGCUACCUACAUAGCUGGGGAGCACCACCAUGUGAAGGAGAGGAGGUGUUUUAUCAUUUAUGGAUCUUAGAUUUACACAACCUAAAGUAAACCAAACUUGUAGUAUUCCUAUGAAUGUAUAUGCAUGGAUGUAAUGUAUAGAAUAUAAAGAAGCUGAUUAAGGCCUAAUUACUGCGAUAUACGUGCAAAAGCCAGGAGUCAGGAAGGAUAUCCUGUUGCUGGGUGGUGGUGUUAUCUUUUACUUGGCCUACUCACCAUGAUCUAUGUUUAUGUUAUGCAUACGUAGUUACUAGAGAGUAAUAGAGGGAGAGAGAGAGAGAGAGAGAGAGAAACAAUAGCAGCCUACGAUACCCUUUAAAUUACCUGCUCAUGCUACACGUGCAACGCCGACAUUUUCUAGAGCUCAGCUGCACCCACCCCCCCAUUAAUUAAUCAAUUAAAACACCUUCAUCAAUCAUCAGGUAGCUAGGUUUGCGGGUAACAUGGCUCGGCUCCAAUUCCCAGCUCUUCCCUAGCCUUUCAAGGCCUCGAUUCAACCCUCCCCAAAUACCUUUUUAUCUUGUUCAAAUAUUUGCAUGUUCCUCCAUUCAUUCCAGUCACAACAACUAGCCUUUACUCUCAACAAGAUGUUAGCAGUGGAGGAAGUUUUAAGUGAACUUGGCGGGGAAGAAGUGAACGAGCAAGGGUUGCCGCCGGGAUUUAGGUUUCACCCCACUGAUGAAGAACUCAUAACAUUUUAUUUGGCUUCAAAGGUAUUCAAUGGAAGCUUCUGUGGAGUGGACAUUGCUGAGGUUGACCUUAACCGAUGUGAACCUUGGGAGCUUCCAGAUGUGGCGAAAAUGGGGGCAAGGGAGUGGUACUUCUUCAGCCUGAGGGACAGGAAAUAUCCAACGGGAGUGAGAACAAAUAGAGCGACUGGAGCUGGGUACUGGAAAGCCACCGGAAAAGAUAGGGAAGUGUACAGUGCCUCCACUGGAGCUUUACUUGGCAUGAAAAAAACCCUUGUUUUCUACAAAGGCAGAGCACCCCGUGGAGUGAAGACGAUGUGGGUCAUGCAUGAGUACCGUUUAGACGGUGACUUCUCCUGCCGCCACACGUGCAAGGAAGAAUGGGUGAUUUGCAGAAUAAUACACAAAACAGGUGAGAAGAAAAAUGGGGUAGCUGCUGCGCAAGGGCUAGGCUAUAUCUUGGAACUUUCUUCAUUAUCUUCAACAACAAAAACAACAAAUUGCUUCCGUCCACUGCUUGAAACCUCAACUCCGUUGUUAGAAUCUCAAACCCAAACUUCAAUGCAGGCUGCCCAUAACUCUUUUCUGGAACAUGACCUGAAAAGCUUAAUAAACCCGGUUGUGUAUCCAGCUAAUGGGUUCCAACCCUCCUUUACAGCCACUCCCACCACCUUUAGUAGCACACCCGACAAGAACGCCAGCAGCAACUCAUCAGCAGCCGCAUCGAUGCUCUUCAAGUCCCUCCUCUCACAUCAAGAAUGCGUUUUGAGGGAACAAGCAGCUGCUACUAUUCCCAAACAGUGCAAGACAGAAGCUAACUUUUCCAAUUUCCAACUGCCUGAUUCCACCUUGAGUUGGAUGGAGAAGAUGCAUCCCAACCCUUGUCAAGAUCCCAUGUUUUUCGACGUGGAUUAUAAUAAUAGUGUGUUGGGGUUCGCUGAACUCUGAAGGUCAGGUGUUGCGACUGAGGCCUGGGGUCACUUCAAUUGCUUUCUAGAUUAAGAUUGUUAGUUAAGAUAUCGUAUUGUUAGUGUUAGGACCCUAUCCCUAUAUCCAUGACUUUCUUUUUAUCUUAAGUGUUUGUGCUGGCUUGUUGGUGUAAAAUGUAAAUGAGUAUCCUACAAAAACUCUGAACCCAAUCCAUGCACGUAACUUUGUAGGAUUGGAGAAAUUCCUGCACCUAAUUCAACUGAUUGUGUGUUAUUAUUAUAA